AUGACUACAUAUGGAACAAUAUCAGAAGAUGCAGAGGUUUCAACAAAUUCAAAAUCGAUUUUUGUUUCACAGGCCAAAGAUCAGAUCCAAGCGGGUUUAGGCACAACAAGACCAUGGAAGGAAAUGAUCCAACUUUCUCAUCUCAAACUUCCAUCUUCCUUCUAUGGUUCAAUCCAAAGAAUCAACACAAAUGCUAAACAUUUUCGUUCAAACUACGUCAUUAUCAUAUUGCUUGUGCUUUUCCUAAGCUUAUUAGGACACCCCAUUUCACUUAUCAUAUUAGUUGUUAUGAUGAUUGCAUGGUUGUACUUAUAUUUCCUACGAAACACUCCUUUGGUAAUUUUAAGGUUUGAGAUCGAUGAGCGAUUGGUGGUUAUCUCUUUGUUGUUGAUCACCGUUGGUUUGCUUGUUCUGACCAAUGUAACUCACAAUGUGACAGUAGGUAUGUGUGUGGCUUUAGCGGUUGUGUUGGUGCAUGCUAUAACGAGAGAAACAGAGGAUCUGUUUACUAUGGAUGAAGAUGUAGGGAUUCUAAGAGUUGUUGGAGAGGUUGUCAAAGUCCCCCUUAGACAAGCUGGUUCCUCUUCUUUUACUUUGCCUUAG